AUGCCAUCACCGCAGACUCCACCUGUCUCGUCUGGCAAGCGUCAAAACAGAGCUCCGAAAAGGAACUUGACAUCUAAGAGAACCCUAAAUAUAUCUCGGAAAAUUCUUGAGAAGUCAGUUAUCCAACAAAAUAAACGCAUUGAGUCGGUCCAACAAAACAAUAUUCAACUCGCUAGGCGUGUCUCUGAACUCCAAAAGGAACUCAGCGAUCGAACCGCGGAGCUUCAGUUUUCUCGUGAAGAAAUAUUUCAGCUGCGGUUGAAACUUAAUAGACUGGAAAAUAACAGUGCUGAGUCUGCUUUACACGCCCUUUGUGAAAAAUUGGCUUCAGUGAUGGAGGAAAUAUAUAGAGCUCAUGAAUUUGCUACUAGGGUUUGCAGUGAAAUUGCGGCACCGCAGGCUUCGCCGUCUCCUGAAGGUAUCUCAUCGUCGCGAAAAUCAAUCGAUUCAAUACAAAUGGAGUGUACAAACGCUGCCAUACCAGGAGCCGGUGAGGAUGUCAGGAGCCCUAUUGAUACAGCGUUCCGAGCCAGUGCACAGUCUGUGGAAAUGGAGUUGGAUUCAUUUGACCCUGCGGUUACUUCUGUUAGUUGUCUUUGCAUCAUAGUGAAAUUCCUUGAGUCCCUUUCAUUUUGUGGUUUCGGCUAUUCUUCAGGCAGAAAAACAAUGGUCCCGCCCUUGAAUAGCGAGGAAGUCGUCUUGGGGACCCCACCCACUCUCCUUCACACCGGGAUGUCAUCCCCUGCCAAAAUCUUCCAAACCAGAAGAUCGGCUUCACCUAUUCUUCGCCAUAGUGAGAGGUCAUCUUCACCCACACAAUCCAUCUCAUCGUGUCCUGCAGAGGACGAGGCCUGUGUGUCCACUGCAAAGCCAAAGCGAAAGAGGGGUCCAGCUGUCAAAAAAUCGAAAGAAACGUUCAUAUGUGCUGAUACUGGUGCUGUAGCGGAAUCCGCUAUGUCUGCGCCUUCAGAAGUUGUCGAUUCCCUCGUACUCCCCUCUGACCUUCAACCAACGGGGUCCCACCCAUCGCCAACGUCUUCUCUACCGACUACUUGUUCAAAUCAGCCAGAGGCAGGCUUAGAGAAAGAGAAGAAAAGUGGCGGAAAAGCAGAGAAGAUGGAGCCACCGGAGCCAGGGAGUCUACCAAGGUCGCAGUCAAAGAGGCGAAGAAAACGCCUCCGACUUAUUGCAGACGACUCUGUUUUCAUUCCCAUAUCUGAUUCCAUGAUGGAAGAUGCGGUGACUGGAAAUAAGGAGAAUAUUGCCAAGACAUCAAAGCUCGUAAAGUCUGAACCUAAGAAUGGAAAUGAUGACGGGAUCCUCCACGUCGCCUAUUCGAACGCGUCGAAAGUCAGGCUCUGUUUCCUAUGUGGUCAAGCUCAAUACGUAACUUUGUUCUUUUCCACAAAUGCUGCUUCAUUUUGCUUUUGCUUUUACUUCUCCAUCUGCACUCAUGCACACUGCGGCAAGGCGAUCGCAACUGGUGCAGAUAUUGAGUCUCCAAACACAUCUACUCCUCCUUCUCCUCCUCCCCCUCCUCCUCCUCCUCCUCCUUCUGCUGCUGCUGCUACUGCUGCUGUUCUCUCUGGGUGGGUGUACAUUCGUUAA